AUGUAUGGGAUACUCCCGUGGGCUAAUCUAAGUACAAGGUAUGGUAGCGAUGAUGAAGGGUCUAAAUGUCACAGGCUUCUAAGUGAAGCUCAGGCUAUGUUCACCACCUUCUUCUUCUCCGACUAUUUCCCUUCCGUUGGAUGGCUUGAUAAGCUAACCGGACAAUCGUCUAGGCUCGAGAAGGCAUUCAAGGAUUUAGAUGCAUUCUUUGAAGAAAUUAUUAAUGACCAUCUUCACCCAAACAGAUUACAAACCGAGGAACAGGAACAAGACAUCAUUGAUGUUUUGCUCCAUCUUAAAAAAGAGGGUACUUUUGCAUUUGACCUAUCUUUGGACAACAUCAAAGCCGUUCUUAUGGUAAUUUUCUUGGGUUAA